CUGAGCCCGAAACGACAGAAAAUCAUGUUAUUGUCACGUGAUCGUCAUGGCUCUGUACUAUUUCCUAUAUAGAGAUGCACGAUGUCGAACUGGAUUUGAAAUGAUGUAAGAAUGAGUGUUUGGAAACGUUUACAGAGAGUUGGGAAGGAUGCCUCCAAAUUCCAGUUUACUGCCUCCUACCAGGAACUUGAGGUCGAAUGUACCAAGAAAUGGCAACCUGAUAAAGUGUGUAUUGUAUGGACCAGAAGAAACAGGCGGAGAUCCACAAGGCUUCACACCUGGGAACCGACCAUACGGAAUCCGUACAAAGGUUUGGUCACGUGGACUGUUCCCGAGAACGUGGAGAUCCAGGUGACCUUGUUCCGAGAUAAUCAGCAUGUGGAGUAUGAAGAUAAAGAGUGGAUCUUCCAGAUUGAAGAUCAAUCUCGUAGUGGAAGGAGAAAGAUCCUGGCCACUGCACCAAUUAACAUAAAGGAGUUCUCCUCCUCUGUGCCUACCCAGCACACCAUGAAGCUGACACUGAAACCUACAACAAAGAAGAUUGUCAGUGCCUCCAUACAGUUUACGUUGUCUUGUUUGUUCCUCAGGGAGGGAAAGGCCACGGAUGAAGACAUGCAAUCUGUGGCCAGUCUCAUGAGUAUUGGCAAGACAGACAUUGGGAUUAUGGAGGAUGUGGAGGAGGAGUCCAGCAAGGAAUUCUCAACACAACUUUCUGAGAUCACCUCAGAACUCUCCAAACUUGAGUGUUCUAAUGAUGGUAAUCCGUUUGGAAAUCCUUUUGAUGAUGACCUUGACCUGGAAUGUGAUGGCUUCUUUGAGCCUGUGAUAAAGCAGAAACCAGCUCCUCUAAACCCCUUUGAUGAAAGUGAGGAGGAAGAUGUUAAUGCCACUAACCCUUUCUUUGAGAGCUCUGCUUCUAGUGACUCGAAGAAUGCUCUAAACACUAGUCAGUCCUUUAAUCCCUUUGAUUCUACAGACACUGUAGAAUCGGAGAAAAAAAGCAAUACUCUUCCCGUCAAAAAACGACGAGCCCCUCCCCCUCCAUCUGUGAGAGCUAAAAGUGAUAUUUCUAACACAGAGAGACCUUUAUACACAGGCACACCCCCCUCGUCUCCGGAGCAAGAAAGGAAGAGCACAGAAAGGGCAAUAACUCCGCCUCCAGAGUCCCUGGAUACCUCUGCCAGUUCCUCCCUCACAGCCAGUCCCUCUAAACAGUUGUCUCCACAGCACAAUACAAGUGAUAUGAAAAGUGACCGAAAAGUGUUAGAGCCUCUGGACAUCAACCAGAUGGAGUCCCCAACACAUGGAACAAAUUCAACCAAAAGUCUACUAGAGUGGUGCAAAGAGGUCACCACAGGUUACAAAGGGGUCAAGGUUACAAACUUGACAACAUCCUGGAGAAAUGGGAUGGCUUUCUGUGCCAUAAUACAUCACUUCAAGCCAGAGCUGAUAGACUUCAAGUCACUAGCUCCACAUGAUAUAAAAGGGAACAACAGAAUUGCAUUUGAUGCAGCGGCAGCAUGUGGCAUCCCCAGGCUGAUAGAGCCAUCGGACAUGGUUUUGUUGGCGGUCCCAGACAAAUUGUCUGUGAUGACUUAUCUGCACCAGCUGAGAGCAUACUUUACUGGACAGCUCCUGGAGGUUCAACAGAUAGGAACAAACACAAGAGAGAGUAUGUACACCAUUGGAGAUUUAGAUGCCAAUACUCAGAGUGAAAUCACUAGGGAAAUGUAUGGAAAGAGUUUAGUCAAAGACAAAAAGAAGAAAAACAGUAAAGAAAACAGCCCUGUCAAACAGGAUAGCAAGGGAAAUAGUCCCACUGGCUCAUGCAGUAAAGAAAACAGUCCAAGUGACAUCCCGUGUGCCUCAACAGAAUUACAAAGAAACAAAAGUAAAGAAAAUAGUCCCAAGAAAACACUAGACUUAGCACAUAUUGCCAAAGAUAGUUCUGUGAUAGAUAAAUCUGUGAAAUCUCCCAGUGAGGUGGACUCUCCUCCUGCAGAAGAGGAUCUGGAGGAGGAUUCAAUCGUGUGGCUACCUCAGGGAGGUAGUAAAGCCUCCUCACCACUGAGGGAUCUGGGAUCUCCUCAACUCAGUAACAGAGGGUCUACAGGCAGUCCUGCCUCCUCCCGGGCUGGAACACCUGUGUCUGAGGGCAGUGGACAGUCAUCGCGAGCCUCCACACCAUCCAGUCUUUCCUCCAGCACUGUUUCCCCUAAAAGAGGAUCGAGCGGAGCGAAAAGAAUUAAUAUUAGUGAUAUAGACUCCAUAUUAAAGCCCAAAGAAGAGCUGAGGAAGUCUCGACAAGAAGAAUUGAAGGAACGAGCAAAGUUUCUGUUGGAUCAAGCCAGAAAAGAAGCUGGCAUUGGUGAAACUCCAAGUUCUCCAGCGAAGGAGGUAGAAAAAGAGGAUUCUGUGGAAGCAGACGGCAAACAGAAGAGGUUAAAGGAGCGAGCUCGUCAGCUGAUUGAGGAAGCUCGGGCUGGAAUCGGUCAACCGGAGAUGAUCCUACCAAAGAGACCAAGUAAAGAUCUCACAUCAGAAGAGGCAACUUGUAACUCAACACUACGAAUGCGAAGGAUAGUUCGCACUCCGGGUCUCUUUAUCAUUAAGAGUGAGCCUUUAUCGCACAUUAAUGGAGAAGCAAAGAAGCCCGAGCUGAAGUUGAAGAAGAUCAGCCUAAAGCAGCCAAAUUUAACCUCAUCACUAACAACAACAACCAAGGGUGAUGAGACAGGAGAGGAAAGUACAGAGAACAAGGUGGUCCAAUCUCCAUCUGAUUUCUCCCUGACAGAGAGCAGCGAGGGGUCCAGGGAGGAGGAUGAUAUGAGUUCUACAGAAGAUUCAUUGGAAUUUGAUGACCACAUGGAGAAGAAGAAGGAUGAGCAUCUUCAAGACACAAAUCAAUAUGUUCACAAUGAAAUGGAAGCUUUAGAAAGAGAGCAGACACAAAUAGACAAACAGGCAGGGGAACUUGAGGCCAAGCUUCGAAGGGUAAUGGGAAAAGCAAAGUACAAGAGGUUGGAGGAGAAGUUAAUGCAGGAGUGGUUUCUGUUGGUUAACAAAAGGAAUGCUUUGAUCAGAAGACAGAUGCAACUCAACAUACUGGAGAAAGAGGAUGACCUGGAGAAGAGGUUUGAAUUGUUGAAUAGGGAAUUACGAGCAAUGAUGUCCAUUGAAGACUGGCAAAAAACUGAGGCCCAGAAACACCGAGAGAAACUCCUCCUGGAAGAGCUGGUAGACAUCGUAAACAAGAGGGAUGAAAUGGUGCAGCACCUGGACUCCCAGGAGAGAGCCAUUGAAGAGGAUGAACAUUUGGAUAGAAGGAUAACCCAGGCAGUUUUCCCUAUCCACGUUGGUAUAGCAUACAAAAGCCUGGUUUUUAGAUUGUUACUCUGCUGUGGUUCCCUCUCCCGAGCGGCCCAUCAAGAGUUGACAGGUUUUUGUGAAGUUAUUAAAAUACAGAAUAAAUAAACCUGUAGGAACUCCCGGGAAAUGGGUCCGCUUUCUUUUGCGGAUGAGCAGAGCGGUGCGGGUGGAGCACUGGUAUACACAAACUGUCAACUAGACUGAGUUUGCUAACAUUCCGGGUGUGCAUCGCUAGUCCUCAUCUUCAAUGGACCACACAAGAGCCUCUAGUCAUGAUUGAUGGUUCAAAAACACUGAACUAUAGUGGGCACAAGUGGCCGUGUAAAAAAUAUUGGCCUUUUGAUGUCCAAUUUGCCGACGGGUAAAUUUUGUCCGUUUGUUGCUGAUGUGAGGUAUCGUGUCGAGCUACUGGGUGGAUGUCUGAUAAUGAAUUCUUGGGAACAAUGUACUGCUUGUUAGCAAACGUACAACAAUGUUUAAAUACUUAUUGGUCUCUCUGUGAAGGAUUGGACGACAUGAAAAGUCUGAACUGUGGUUUCUGAGAACAAUGACAUUUUCUCAUAAUAAAAUACGGUUUUGCUCAAAAA